GGGGCAGAAAGAUCCAAAUAAUUGGGGUGUGUGUGUGUUCAUCAGAAACUCCUACCUCCAAGUUUCAAUCAACACUUUAUAAUCUAGAGAGAGGAACCCGUCUCCUCUCCCAUUUCUCUCUCUGUCUUCAUUUCCUCUAAACCCUAUCGCGCCUUCUGCAAUCCACCCACAAAUGGCGAACAGUAAUCUUCCCCGAAGAAUCAUCAAGGAAACUCAGCGUCUCCUCAGUGAACCUGCCCCCGGGAUUAGUGCCUCGCCGUCAGAAGACAACAUGCGAUAUUUUAACGUGAUGAUUCUUGGCCCGACCCAGUCUCCCUAUGAAGGAGGAGUUUUCAAGUUGGAACUAUUUUUGCCCGAAGAGUAUCCUAUGGCUGCUCCCAAGGUUCGAUUUCUCACCAAAAUUUAUCACCCGAAUAUUGAUAAGCUUGGGAGGAUAUGCCUUGAUAUUCUGAAAGACAAAUGGAGUCCUGCUCUACAGAUACGAACUGUACUUUUGAGUAUUCAAGCACUUCUGAGUGCUCCAAAUCCAGAUGAUCCGCUUUCUGAGAACAUUGCAAAGCAUUGGAAAACAAAUGAGGCAGAAGCCGUCGAAACAGCAAAGGAAUGGACUCGAUUAUAUGCAAGUGGUGCCUAAAGGGAACUGCAGAAGCCUUUUACUUCGGUCUAAAAUAACAUCAAUCUAAUGUCUAUGAUGCCAUUUGCUCUGUGGAUUUGAAUGGAAAAUUUGGAAGAAUUUAUAGUGUCGAAAUUGUCUCUAAAAUUGUAACUGCCUCUAAAAUUUGCCUCUUUUGGCAGAAGUCUUUGCCCCCAUACUUUGUAUGAUGAUUAGAUGGAUUACAUUCUUCUAAGUUUUUAUUAUCUCCCAUAUUUUAUGUCAGGACCCACAAGCUCCAUUGAAGAAGCUUUCUCCUCAAA